CUCACGUUUAUGCCUUCAUCCUUACCAGUUACCUCAUCUCCAGUUUUCAACUUUAACCCCUCUGUGACUGUGAUGACGAGAUCUACUACAGAGAAGAAAGAGCCCAAGACUCGAGUGGAUGAAGUUCUCCGGGCCCUCAACAAACAAGCUCCUCUCACAGUGGAACAGGGCAAGUUCUGUAGCGAUGCUUGUGUGGAGCUCUUCCUGCGAGCUAAAGGAGAGAGCGUUAAGAAGGCAGCCAAGCAUCUCAGAGCCGUCCUUUCGUGGAGAGAGGCCAUUGGAGCUGCGCAUUUAAUGGCGGACCAGUUCUCCACCGAGCUGGCCGAUGGGAUGGCGUACGUAGCAGGUCACGACGACGAGGCCAGGCCUGUCGCAGUGUUUCGCAUCAAACAAGACUACUUCAAAGAUCAAUCUCAGAAGUCACUUAUCCUGUUCUUUGUUUUCACUCUGGAAGUGGCCGUCUCAUCCAUGGCCAGAUUCGUGGAUCAGUUCGUGCUUCUCUUUGACGCCAGCUUUUUCAGGUCACCGAAGACUUUCCUCAGCUUGUUCUUGGGGACGUUGAAACUUGUUUCCGAGUACUACCCUGGGCGCCUUCAUAGAGCCAUGGUGAUCGAUCCACCCUCGCUCUUCUCUUGCCUGUGGAAGGGGGUUCGGCCUUUCGUCGAGCUGUCCGGCGCCGUCACGGCGGUGGUGUCGUCGAUGGAUUACGAAGAUUCCCUCGAGGGUUCCACCUUCGGGUUGUCGUGCGCGAGGACGACCUCCCUCCGUUUCGACGCAGCGGUUGGCGGCGGCGCCGCCAAAGUGGGCAGGUCCACUUCGUCCCGGUUUUCCGUCACCGUUUCCCACCACAACUCGCUGAAGCCGUGGUACUUGAGCACCACCACGACCAACAGCGCCGUGGUGCCCACCGCCAGCCUCUCCCUCGUCGGCGCCUCCCAGUUAACCGCCCGGUCCUUCUCCUUUGUCUCUCCCGGCACCUCCCGAUCAACUGCUCGCGUCGUCGGUGCGCCUCCGCAGUCAGAGACGCCCUCCAAGCAGCGGCCGAGGACUCGGAUGCCGUCAUUCUUGCAGUCGCCGUCGGUGCUAUUCUCGUUCAAGAAAGAGGGCCACGUCAGCCGAGCGGAAAGGGAGAGGGAAUCGUUUCUGCCGUUGAUGAAAUUCUACCGGCGGCCGUAUGACGAGGCCGCGUACCGUAGCAAGCUGCGGCCCCCGCACGGCAGCCUCUUCUCCCCCUGCGAUCAUCUUAGUCAACGGUGCAAUGUCUCAAACUAGUGUUGUCAUCUCAUUGGAACCUAGAGCAUUAGAAC